AUGAACGAGGCGUGGGACACUUCGGAAAUUCAGGCUGGGCGCCGCCUCGUCCAUUUCACCCGGGUUUUCGACGGCACCUCUCUCACCGUCCGCUGCCAGCCGUUCAGCCAGCAGGACUACGACACCGAGCAGUCGCUCGGUCUCCGCCAGCCCACCGACCGAGACAUCAUAUCGUGCAUCUACCGCGCGGACAAGGGCGCAUAUUGCGUCACGUCGGUGGAUUUGAUCCGCCUGCUCGAAUUCUUGAUUGGUGUCGAGUUUGAGGUCGACGAGAAAAACAGGAUCCGCAGAAACCUCGAGUACAUCCACCCCACUACCGUGUCGAAGCAUAAGUCGGGGAUGAGUCGAUUGUUCCAGCAAAUAGUGGAUUACCCCAUGCCGAAGCCCAGAAGUAUCGAAAAGGACGUCAAGGUCUUCCCGUGGACGCGACUCGAGGAGGCUCUCAAAAAGAUCCUCCACAAAUAUGUGAGCAACUCUCCGUCCCCUUCGACGAAUUGUUUCUGA